CAGAGUAACAUCAAUAACAAGUUAAUAACAAUCAACGAUCAUCAUUGAUAAUCAAUUGUUAUAAAGUGAUUAACAAUUAACUCGUAUUGUCAAGUGACCACAAUUGAACAUCAAUAAUGGAUUAAAAAGUUUUUCCUUUCCGUUGUUAAUCAAAGUGAUUUGUUUACACUAGACAAUCAACUUAAUCAUCUAUCGUAAUUCAUAAUCAGUGGUCCAUUAAUUGCGGAAUUUAAUUUUCUCACAAUUGGAUUAACAGUUAUAAUUAUUGUUGUUGUUGUUGUUAUUUGAACAAUUUAAUUAUUAUUAUUAUUAGAGUUACAAUUAAUUUCUUAUUGGUCUUUUGUCAUUGUUAAUUGAUUAUUAUCUAAAUUGUUCAUUCAGAAAAUUUAAUUUUCAUCACAUUCAUUUGAUUGUGUUUUUCAUAAUAUGUGAUUAUCCAAGUUAAUUAAACAGUUAAAUUAACUGUUACUUUGUUAAUUUGAUUGUUGUUGGUCAAUUUUAGUUUGUUGGUCCUUCACAAUUAACUUGAUUAGCAAACGAUUAAUACAAUUAACCAAACAAAUUUAAGUUUCAAAAAUGACCAUUCUGAUUAAUUUGUUAAUCAUAAUCAGCUAAUUGUAAAGUUUAUAUCAAAAAAUGAAGCAGAAAUUGAUAGAUUUAAACUAUCCAAUUAUUAUCAAUUAAAUUGUUAAUCAUUUUUUUUUAAUCAUAUUAAUUAAUUGGAUUGAUAGAGACAAAUAUAAAUUUUAAUCAGAUUUCCUGUCAUUGUGAUUGAAACUUAAUUGUUGUGAUUAAAGAUCAAUUGUUUUCACCAAUCACCUUUAAAUGUUAGGUGAGGUUAAUGAUUAGUAACAACAAUCAGUAAAUUGUUUGAAACAACAUUAACAAUCAAAAGGUUGAAACAUAAUAAAUCAAUAGAUAAAUUGAAUAAAAAAAAUAAUUUCCGUUCAAAAUCAAGUCAACAAUUAACUUUUAAACCAAUAAACAAUUUAUUAGAAGCUGAAUUUGCUAUCAUUGGAGACAAUUUAAUAAUCACUGAUUUAGUUUUAAUUGUGAUUCAAGUGUAUCUAAAAAUCAUCAUCAUCAUAAUUAAAUUGUGCUUGUGGUCAGUGUUUGACCAGUGUUAGUGUUUAUUUGAUAUUGUAAAUUAAAAAUUAACCAAACAAUUAACCAAUAAUGAUGGAUAACUACAUUGGAAUGACCAAUUUAAAUGGUAAAAAUGAUUCAACACUUGAUGGUCAACACAAUGAUCUGUUGACACUGACCAGUGUGAUCAAGGAUAAAGAUAUUAAUCCAACCUGUGUUAAUGGAUUAAAUUGUGAUAAUGUUUCAGGUGAUGGUGGUGUUAGUGAUUCCAAUGGCCCCAGGUCAUGUCGAUGUUGCCGUCGAGUGGGUUCACUGUUGUGCUCUAACCUUGGACUUUCACUUUUAAUAUUAGGCUACUCUACCCUGGGGGCAUUUAUAUUCAGUACCCUUGAGUCAAUGAGUGAAAGACAACGUAUCAAUCAGGUGAUCACCUUACGAAAUCAAACAGUGUCCAAACUUUGGAGGAUAACCGAAAACACCAACAUAUUAAAAGAGGAAAACUGGACAGCGAUGACCACCAAUGAGAUAAUUAAAUUUCAAAAUUUACUCUAUCAAGCCUUUCGUGAGGGUUACGAUGGCCGAGAAACAUUUAACCCUCAAACUGACCAAUGGUCAUUUUCAGGUGCCUUUUUAUAUUCACUUACCGUCAUUACAACAAUAGGAUACGGAAACAUUGGACCUCGAACCAUGGAGGGUAAAAUGUUGACCAUUGCAUAUGCUAUUCUGGGGAUUCCAUUGAUGAUUUUGUUUCUAUCAAAAAUGGGCUCAAUGCUGGCCAAUGGAUUAAGAUGUUUCUAUCGGACAUGUUGUGUCUGUUUACCCUCAGGGGGUGGUAAAGGUCAACUAAAUGGUAACUUGGCCCAUUCAAGUUCAGGGCAAGGAAUUGGUGGUGAUUCAGGUGAUGGUUUAGGUUUAGGUGGUGGGACAUUAGUAACGGUUGACGGAGGCUUGGGUGGUAUCACUGGACUUGACCAAAUGUUGUCCGGAGGAGGAGGAAUGGGUGUUGAUGGUACUGGUCAUUUAUCUUCACCAACUGGCCUUUUAUCAUCUCAUCAUCAUGGUAAUCAUUCACAUCAUCAUUUACAUGAUCAUUAUCAUGUUCAUCAUAUUGCAUUGAAUGAUAUUCAUGCGGCUAACCAAGGGUCAGGUCAAGGUGGGACAAAUCCAGCCUCGGGUCAUGUUGCCCUCCAUUGUAAUUCAACAUCCAGAAAUGGAGUUAAUCCCAAUCAGACAACCGGAACUCUGGGUAUUGUUUGCAAGGGAAGCGGAGUGGGUGGUGGUAACAAUUGCUAUGGAACCGGAGGAAAUGGAACAUGUAAUGCAAUCUCAAUUUCUGGUUCACCGGGGCUUGUCGGUGGUACCAAUGGGUUAACCUUAUCACCCACCGUGGUUUCAAUGGGUAAUUCAGUUGGCCCCUUGGGUAUUGCAACGAUAACUGAUUCUGAGCAAAAAAUUUGCCCUGAAACAACCCAAGUGCCUGAACAUUAUACCUGUCAAGGUAUUUUACUCAAUCGUCACUCUCAUGCAACCUUGCACACUCAUCCACCCUCAGGUCAUCAUCAUCACCAUCACCCUGAUCAUAUCAAUGCAACGACCUUAACAACAUGUACAGCUGAUCUACACAAUGAUUAUCAACAAUACUCUCAACAAAACGAUUAUCAAGUUAAUCAUCAAUGUUGUCAUCAUAUUCACUCCCAGUCUAAUCACAAUAAUCAUCAAUCUAAUCAGAAUCAUAACCAAUUUAGUCAACAAAAUGGUAAUGAUUGUUCUGGUCAGUCUGGUCAGUACUAUUAUCCAAAAACCGUCCCAAUAACUUUAUGUUGUAUUAUAAUAAUUAGUUACAUUUUCCUUGGAGCGGCAAUAUUUUACCUUUGGGAAGGUGGUAAUUUCUGGGAAUCGGUUUAUUUUUGUUUCGCUUCAAUUUCAACCAUCGGCCUUGGUCAGGCCACUUGGAUACUAUCCGAUUUCAGGAAUUCUGAGAAAAAGUUAAUUCUCUGCUGUGUUUACAUACUUUUCGGCCUUGCCCUUGGUGCCAUGGUUUUCAACCUAUUACAAGAUCACAUUAAACGAAAGUUGACCUCAUCUUCUUCUUGCAGGUCAUCGGGUAAAAAAGGUAAACCUGGUAAAAGAAAAUCGUCCACCAGCGGUGGCUAUUCAUCGCACCAUCUUAACCAGAAUUCUCAGCAUUCACAUCUUUACACAGCGACCGGUGAUAGGGAACUUUUGACAUCAACUCCAGCGCCAAAUAAUCCGCUCCUAGUUGAAGAUGAUUUUGAUGUUUAAUGGUGAAAAUAAUGAACAAAUCAAAAGGGAUAAAAUAAAUCAACACCUAAUGAUAACUAAUGAUAAAAGUUGAAUCAUUUUCAUUCUCAUUGGAUUCACUUACUUGGCAGAACCCAAUUCGAUUCUCAGAUUUCACUAUCUUAUGGUCAAAGUCAUUAAUCGCCACAAAGUGACAACUUAACCCUCUGUCCACUACCCACUCUCUCACUUGUCUGUCUCGGUUUCUUAUUAUUGUAACAAAUGAUAAAAAACAAAUGCUCAAUUCAUUAUGAUAAUAUUACAUUAUCUGAUUAUCAAAUUCUUAGUGAUGGUCAAGCAGCAAAAACAAGAGGAAAAUUUUCUGACCAAAGACAAAAGAUAAUGUGAUUUUAAUACAAUUAUCAGUAAGAAAUGGUCAGUCCAAGGGGUUGGUAGUGGUCAUCUGAUGAUCUUGAUAUGAUAUUGAACAUAUAUCUUUAUAUUAUUAUUAUACUUUGAUAUAUUACCUUUUAUUGAAUCUUAUUUGGCCUCAAGAGAGUGAGUGAGUGAGAGAGAUUGGCUAUCAUAUGGGGUGAAACAUGAUAACCAUGGUAUUGACCAUCAUCUCUCUCUCUCUCUCAUGGUGAUGAUCAUAAUAAUGAUGAAAACCACUGAACGAUUUCAAGAGAUUAAAAAAAUCAUUCAUGUUUUUUUUCUGGGAAUUGGAUCAUUGACCCAAUGAGGAAAAAUAGAAAAUAAAAAAGUUCAUGAUGAUGAAACUUCUGGAUUCUUUUCAGUUAAGGUCAAUUUAACAGACGGUCAAGCAUUUCAACUACAACAAACACCACAAGAUAAAUGACCCAUAACCUUUGACCAUUUAACAAACAAACAAACAAACAAAACUCAUCAUCACUUUAUCAAAGUUUAUUAUCAUGACAACUCUCAGAGAUAAUCAUGAAUUCAACUUUAAUCCUAUGAAUUGGAUUAUCUCUCAUCUUUUUCCCUUUUUACUUGAGUCCAGAUUAGUAACAAAAAAACCACCAGAAAUUUAACUAAUCACCUUUGACGAUCAAAUCAAAUUGUCAAGUUUAAUCAACGUAAAUUGUUGUGGUGAUGGUUAAUUGGCCAUCAAUUGUUAACUGGGACAGAUUUUAAUAAUUGUAAUAAAAUAACAAUUAACUUGAUCAAAAAACUUUGUAAUCUAAUGUCUUAUAUCAAUGAUAAUGUAAAUUAAUUGUUUGUAAUAAUUAAAAAUUAACUAAUAAAAAAACGAUACUUUUGAUUUGUUAUAA